AUGGCCUGCCGCCGCCCCACCCCGCCGUCGCCGUCGCUGGCGCCGGCGCCGGUGCCUCCGCUCGAGGACGACGACCUCCUCGAGGAGAUCCUCCUCCGCCUCCCCCCGCAGCCGUCCUCCCUCCUCCGCGCCUCCCUCGUCAGCAAGCGCUGGCGCGGCCUCGUCAAGCUCCGCCGCUUCCUCCGCCUCUUCCGCGCCCGCCACGGGAGCCUCCCCCUCCUCGCCGUCUUCCCCGGCGAGGUCGACAUGAGCCACCCCUUCUUCACGCCCUCCCUCGACCCGCCCGACAGGGUGCCCACCGCGCGCUUCCCCAUGCCGCUCGCCCCCCUCGCCUUCCCCCUCGUCCUCGACUGCCGCCACAGCCACGCCCUCGUCCUCAACCGGCGGGUCAGCCAGCUCCUGGUGUGGGAUCCGGUGACCGUAGACAAGCACCCUGUUGACCUCCCCCCGGCCUUCAAGGGGCGACAGGUGAUGCUCCACAACGGGUCAGUGCUCUGCGCCGGCGCCGCCGCCGCGGAAGGCCGCCUGCACGGCAGCUGCAAUUCCAGCCCAUUCAAGGUGGUGCUGCUGGCCUCUGGCAGAACACAUGAGCGAUCCUUCUCGGUCUGCGUCUACUCAUCGCAGACAGGCGCAUGGGGCGAUGUGAUUUCAGCAGAGUUUCAACCUGCCGCAAUGGAGCCUCUGUAUACUGCAUCCGAGCUGUACAUGUACGUCCCCAGUACCUUGGUUGGGAGCUCCAUCUACUGGCUGCUUCGUGGCAAUGGCGACACCAUCGUCGAGUUCGAUAUGGAUAGCCGGACCCUAGCUGUGAUAGAGAUGCCACUAGAUCUGUAUGACCAUGGUAUAUCCAGCUCCUUCAUGACUAUGCCAGCGCAGGAUGGUGGGCUUGGCUUGAUCCUUGUGAAUGACUUCUAUGCCAAAUUAUGGAAGAGGGGGGCUGAUUGCAAUGGUGUCGCUAUAUGGGUGCCCGGAAUAACUAUUCAACUGGACAAGCUUCUUUCACUGAAUGCUGAGCACAACAGAGGUCUACUAUCUUUGUUGGGGUUCGCCGAGGACAGCAAUGCGUUCGUGGUUGGGGCAUCUAGGAUCGGUAUCUUCGUGGUCUAUCUCAAUCCUCUGAGGUUUAAGAAAAUUUAUGAAAGGAGGGAUCUCUGUAUCUUUCAUCCAUUUGAGAGUUUCUGUGUUGCAGGUAUCUAG